GCGUUCGAAGAAAACUUAAAAAGAAAGUGUCAUCGGCUUUGUUGAAGCGCUCCGGGAGUUAAGCUCAUUUUCAAUUAAAAACUACACCAACACCUACGCGAAAUGUACCGUCAACUGGUUGCCGUCUGCUUGAUCGCCCUGAUGGGUGCAUCCGGUGUCUAUGGAAGCUGCAAGGCCACCGUGUCAUCCUUCAGCACUCAAGAUGCCACCAUUCUGACGCAGCUGGCGCACGUUGCCGAGUUGACGCUGCAGUGCAGCAACUCUGCACAGCCCAGCCUGUUCGCCGAGUUCCCCUGCGGCAAGGUUGUGCCCGUGGCCAAGGUUGGCGACAGCAAGUACCAGGUGAGCUGGGUGGAGGACAUCAAGCAAGGCAGCAGCGGCAACGUCCAGGUGCGUCUCUUCGAUGAGGAUGGCUAUGCCAACGUGCGCAAGGCACAGCGCGAUGGCGACAAGGUCUCCUCGGUCAAGUCUCUGCUGGACAUCACCGUGCCCACCAAGAGCGCCUACAAAGGUCCCUGGGUAAAGGCCGAGAUCCUGGCCGCCUUCCUGGUGGGCGGAGUUGCCUACUUCGCUUUCACCACCAAGAGCAAAGUGCAGGCCUAGGAUUGCAUCUCGCCCAGGGUGUAUAUGGCCGACCCAUUGAAUGAAAUUCAUUCACCUAUUUCACGUAGCAACAAAUUAGAGACUCUCCGAUCUGGAUCCUAGAGAUUUUUUACCAUUUAUCAUCCAAAGUUGGGUUGAAAAUAAAAAACAUCUAAAACCGAA